CACAAACCAGUAUUAACUUAUGCUAUUUGUGCUUAAAUUUGAACAAAACUCUACCUAAAACUGUAAGGAGAAUAAACUAAACGAAGCAAUACAACAGCCAGGAGAGUGGACCAGACCGCAGUGUUAUGCGCGGCACUGCCGGCCAGCCGCCGCGAGCUGCUGCUGCCCCCUCCACCAGUCGAGAUGGCCGGCGAGGAGCUGGUGCUGGUCAGCGAGCUGGCCUUCCUGUCGCGGCUGCUGAACCCGUGCCAGGUGUCGCUGACGGGCGCGCUGCUGCCGCGCGUCCGGUCUCCUCCGUCCCGUCAGCACCUGCCCGCUGAGCAGCAGCGAGCCGAGGAGCUGGCCAUCGAGCUGCACCGCGCCAGCACCCUGGCCAGCCAGCUGCGAGAGUUUGCGGCCGUACCCGACUGCAGCGGUCUACCGCAGCUGGGCAGCCAGCGCGUGCCGCCGCUCUCCCUGUCGGGCCUCCCGCGUCAGCACGCGCUGCUGGAGCUGUACCGGAGCUCUCUGUACGAGGCCAUCCACCUGCACCUGAUGGUGGACGAGAUCAACAAGUCACACCAGACCUGCGGCAAUCAGACACUGCGGCUCGUCGACCAGAUGUUCAUGCUGAGCGCCAGCCUGCAGAACAUCAUGUGCGUCAUCACUGAGACGCUGCCGGAGCAGCUGCUGGAGCCGGUGGUGGCCGAGGUGGCCGACGUCACGCUGCGCCGCUACCACAUCUGCUCCAGGAGGUUGAUGAGGAAUUGCCUAGUACUGGAGAGCACCAGUCGCAUGCUGGCGGUGGCACUCGAGUACGUGCACGAGGCCGAGCUCUCCGAAAACGGCUUCCUGCCUCUGAGGGUGGCGCGCUCGAUCUGAUAUUCAGACAGACAGACAGAAAGCAACUCCUCGGACCCCGGCAGACGCCCCACCCGUCCCGGCUCGCCGCCACGACGGGCGCGGUGAGGCACCUUCAGUUACCAUUCGUGUACCGUGUCGGCUACACGAGGCCAGCUGAGCUGUACUCGGCUGGACCCGACCGACACAUCGCGUGCCCCCCUUACACGUGUUUCGAGGAUUUCUCUGGCACGGCGUUAUAUGAAGGUCUCGCCAGAAGUUGACGAAUGAUCUCGAUAUAUUAGUCACAAAAUUGGAUGGUUAUAUCUUAUACCAAAGAGAGGGUACUUUACCAUUGGGGUCGCGCUGUUAGGAUAUGACGCGGUGAGGCACCGCGGCUUACAAUGCACUGUAUCUGGCUGACGUUUAAAAAAGCCUCCUUGACACGGUUAGGCAAACACAUGCUGAGCUGUUUAAUGGUAGCUUGAGGAAAAUAGUUUCUGAAGCGUUGUGAAAGCGCUAAACCGCGUUACCAUGGUUCCGUGCGCCAUGUUAUUCACGAAAGAACUGAACACUAAACAAAUUUGCGGUGCACCUUGACCUUAGCAAUUCAAUUAAUCCAUCACAUGGAAUGCUUAGUAAACUCUGAAUCAACUAGCGUGCGUUUGCAUGAACAGUAUAAAAGUAACACAUCGAGUUAUUGAUAAAUGGUUCGUUUUAAAUGCAAAUUGUUAGAUGAAAAAAAUCACUUGACUCUUGACAAGUAGCAGUCACUUAUGUGAAAGCAUGUGACCCCUUUCUUAUACCUAUCUUUUUUCCGCUGGUUAAACUGAAGGUGAGACGUUAGAUAGUUAGUCACAUUUGACAAUCAAACAGUCACACUGAAAUGUUCCAAAUUCAUUAUAACCGAUUUUCAAUAGGUUUGCUCAUUGCUCACGUAUAAUUCACAAAGCUAUUCAUUUGCCCCACCAUGAAUUCAAGAUGUGUCAGAGUGUUGUACACACAACCAUGAUAUUUCGAGGCUGGUCCUGUCUCCCAUAUUGCAACCAUGAACAACGCCUUAGCACCAAAUUUCACCUUUCACCCGUCAAAUUGAAAUAUAGUGCGGGCUGGUUGUCAAUUAACUUAUUCAGGGUGGUUUCCAAAUGGAUAAAACGGCUUAUCAAAACUCAUACCGUGUAACCGUUGCAACGAUGAAACCAUCAUGUAACACAAUGCCCGCUGUGGCUAGGUUUCGUAGACCUACGAUAUAGUGUGGGGCGAGUGAGAGAUUAUGCUCAACUCUUGCACCUGUAAGGACUGACACAUCAUUUAGGAGAUUACGAUUCUAGUCAUAUUUGAUAGAGUAGUCAUCCGAUUUAGCAUUUUAGUCAGUGUGCCAUGGAGUUGACGGUUGUGCUGCAGUUGAUGCCGAUGGUUGCCCUUAUGUAACACAUGUCACGCGAUUGAAGGUUUACCAAAACAAAAGAGAUGUCAUGUGUAGCAAAUAUACGUAAUGUUAAAAGCAUGAUGUCCUUGUUUAUAGAAAGUAACGAUGUUUUGAGCAUUGUACAUUUUGUUACGUUAGGGACAUCUUAGUACAUAAGCUGCAUACAUGAAUAUGAUAUUGUACCUAGCUAAAUCACCGACAAUAUUAUCAUACAGAGCUUUGCCCCAUCUUAGCCGUCACUUUCGAAAGGCUAUCACGUUUCAAAAUCAUGCAGUUUUCAUCUUUGUCAAAUACUGUGAUGCCGUCUAUACGGAGGCAUUGCCUGCGGCAUCGUAAAUGGUUCAGUGUAGAAGCAGCGUCGAUAUGACUGAUAUAACGGGGCCUCACGUGUCGUGGACUCGGUGACAAGUGUGAUCGGCAUGAUGAAGGAAUCGCCGAAAUGUGUUCAGCCGAAAUCAUCGUAUUAUUUUGCGUGUAUCUAUCACCCUUUUUACUGUCUUUUUCCUCAAAUGAAAGACCGAACAAAGUAUGUUGAUUGAUCUCAAACGCUCAGCGUUACACCGUUUACGUAAAUAUAUUUUCGAUGUUCGUGGGCAUAUCUUACCGCCAUGUUCGCGUGUAUUGUACUCAACUGAUUAUACCAAUAAAUAUACGAUAUUGGCUGC